GUGUCGGAGGACAGUGUGUGGCAAUGCCACUGAGUCAUGCCAGCCACGGGGGUGGAGAGCAGCUGAAAGGCUCUUCAUCUGCUUCGUUUCAAACAGCUUGAAUCUUGCUGCUUUCAAAGAAGCUUGCCCAAAUACCGGUCGGUUCCCAUAUAAAAGGAAAAUAAAUUUCUGCUAGUUGGUGAUGAGCUUGAAGCUUUCUCACUGAACUUUGAAACCAUUCAUGGAAGCUGAUGGCAACGCUCUUGUUCCCUUGCGUCAGAAGACAAAAAAGAAAAGUCAAGGGUUCUUUAUAAUGAGCCGACGGAGGAUAUCAUGUAAAGAGCUGGGUCAAGCCGACUGCCAAGGAUGGCUCUACAAAAAGAAAGAAAAAGGAGCUUUCAUUGGCAACAAAUGGAAAAAGUUCUGGUGUGUGCUGAAGGAGUCAUCGCUGUACUGGUACAGCAGUCAGCUGGCUGAAAAAGCAGAAGGAUUCAUCAGACUUCCGGACUUCAGUGUGGACCGAGCAAUUGAAUGCAAAAAAAAGCAUGCUAUUAAGAUCAGCCACCCACAGAUCAAGACAUUUUAUUUUGCGGCAGAAAAUGUUCUGGAAAUGAACACGUGGCUAAGUAAGCUGGGGAUGGCUGUAGACCCUCAGGCACCCAAUGGGAAGAAUGAGGAAGAAUGCUACAGCGAAAGUGAACACGAUGAUCCAGAAAUAACCGACACACCACCUCCCCCCUACACAGUCCAGCCACCUCCGCCUUCGCAGGAUCAGCAGAAGUCUUCUUUCACCUCGACUCUGUCAAGUGAAGCAUCCUGUUCUCUCUCCUCUCCUGAAAGCACUUUCAACUCUCAAGAGUCGUCUUCUUCCUUGACAUCCAAAGUGGUUUAUUCCGAGAGACAGUCCUGGCUUGACCUGGUUAAUAGCUCUGCCACAGAAGAGGGUGAUCCACCUUUAACGUUCUGCGUACAGAUUCAUUCUGAUGAGCUGCCAGAAGCAGACUGUGGAGAAGCGGCAGAAAGCCAGGAGGUCCAACUUUCCAAACCCAAUGGUGGAUCCCAAAACUCUUUUUUAGGUCUGGAUACACAUUGUCUAGCAGUGCCAGAUGCAACGGGACAGAGAUCACUAGCCAAAGACCAGGAAAAAUGUGAUGAUGAUGAGAUGGAGCGACUUUACAAGUCAUUAGAACAAGCAAGCCUGUCUCCCAUUGGUGAUCGUCGGCUGUCAACGAAGAAGGAGCUUAGGAAGUCAUUUAUCAAACGCAGCAAAAACCCUUCCAUUAAUGAGAAACUCCACAAAAUUCGAAUGCUCAACAGCACAUUAAAGUGCAAGGAACAUGACCUGGCCACAAUUAACCAGUUGCUAGAGGACCCAAAGUUGACAGCAAUGAAGUACAGAGAAUGGAGGAACACAAACAUCAUGCUAGUCCAAGAUAUCUAUCAGCAGCAGGAGGUCCAGGACGCGUCCACGGAGAAUAGUGAGGAACAAGAGACGACUCCACGGCCUAUUACUGAAAGUGCUAUCUGAGGUCGUGGUUCAGUGGUUCACAUCAAGAUUUUUUCCCUACGGGACUCGAUGUACAGGCACUUUAAACUGCUGCAUUUUGAGGUUUGUUUUUCCAAGUGUUCUUUGAAAGGAAAACAACCCCUUCUCGAAAGCUUUAAUUCAUUUUCCAAAACUUAUUUUAUGUCAAAAAGGCAAAUUCCCCAAAUUAUAAAAGCACUCCUGAACCUCGGCUGCAUACCUAAGAAGACUAUUUUAUGAAGCAGUGAAGAAAUGUUUUUCCAUCUUUGGAGAAGCAAAUGAAGUAUGUCCAACUCCUGGAAGUCACAGAACUGUAUAAUAUGAACCGAAUAAAUGUGAGAUCUUUGGGGUUGUUUUUACCAUGUAACUUACUGUUAAAGGAAGCUACAACAAUGCCAACAGGAUGUCAUCUACUCUCUACCUUUUUACUCUGUAAGGUAACCUGAUGUAUGCAUUUUCGUCUUUACAUUCACCCACUUUCACCACUCUUCCAGUAUAAACUGAGAGAAAGAGAAUAAUUACGCAUGAGUUUAUACUACAGGCAGCUGCCAGGCACACAGUUUGUGUUCUGCCUGAUGUUUUAUGAGUUUCAAAUUUAUUUAUGGACUAGACCAAGGUACUGUCUUUCUACAUGAAGAAGAGAAGGUCCCCAAUGUUUGCUAACAUGUAAUUUACUCUUCAGUGAGGCAGCUAAUGCUUCAUCAAGUUUCAAAUUUUCUUAUGGACUUGACAGAAUUCCUUGGAAGACUAUUUUCUUUUUCUUAUUUUUGACAAUUGUGAAUAUAUUAGGUACAAGUUCAUCCCAGAUUCCUACGUGCGAAGGUGAUCAAUUUCACAAGGCAGAAGCUAAAAAGUAAUUAAAUUCCUAAUGUGAACCUGAAAGUGUAAAACAUAGCUGCAAAUAUUUUUGUAAAUAUAUGUCAUUUUAUGGCUUAUAUUGAAUGUGACUAUGUACUGUAUAUAUGUUUUAUUUAUAUAUUUAUAUAUGCUGAAUUUCCUAAUGUAUCCAGGCACACAUGGACCAGACCCAUCCAGAUGAGAGUGCUUACAGGUUGACUUGAAAUGCUUCUGGCUUUUUUGUUCCAUUAUGAAUCACAUUAAUAGCUCUACAACCAAGAUUACCCUGGGGCAUCUGCUGUAACUUUUUUUUCUGUCUUUCUAGCUUUGAGUUUUAGAUGAAGAAAAUCUGUAUAACUUUGGGCAGGAAAAUAAAUUUUCUAUAAAAUGUCAGGAUUUCCCUUUGGGCAAACAAAAAUAAGUAUGUUAAGAGAUUUUGCUGCAGGAGUGUAACUUUUUGGCUUCAUUGUCUUCAGUACAGUUUGGUUUUUUAGCCUUUGCAUCUUCUGCAUGCGUACAAGUAUGAGGGACUUUUGCUGAAUUUUGAAAAACAAGAAAUAGCCCACCAUUCUCAAAUUAAUGCCACUACAGGAACUGUGGCAGUCUUCACUUCUGCUGGCUAUUUCAUAAAAAUACUCUUUGUCAUUAGUUUGCAAAACAGUUUCUCUUUUAAAGCAAAAUACAUUAUACAGAUGCAGCCAUAUUCACCUGCCUUUAUACGUUGUAUGUUUUAUCAUAGCUUGAUUGAGAAAACAAAAAUUUAACAGUGCUAGUGGGAACAUGUGAAGUUUUUUCCACCUGUGUAGUGAUAUCUGACUGUUGUUAUUGUAUUUUAACACUCAGUAGCUUACUUUUUGGAAUAGAGACAUGGAAUUGUCCCCCAAUGCAUUCAAAACUGGCAGCUAAGGCUGUGCUGAGUAUGAGAACUGAGGAGCAGAGAGUGAGCUAUAAAAAGGGGAAAUAGAAGGAAAAAUUUAGGCUCCUUUGAUGCAGGAUUUAAUGGGAGAGGGACAGGCAAAAUGGGGGCUGGUUGAAUGCAGAAGUAGGCCUGAAUUUGGGGACAAUGUCACUGCUUCAGGUACAGAAGGGUUUAGGAGUGUGGACUGAUAUUGGAUCAGGACUUCAUAACUGAGGCUAGUCUUCUGGUGGGGAAUGAAUGUUAGCUGCAACCUGGAAGUGGGUGACAGUGACUAAAUGGGGAAGCAGACAGAAAACCCAGGUUGGUUUUCAGGAAAUUGUCAUCCAAGUGGUGAUUUCAUCACUUCAGUAAUUCUAACUGGAAGUUGAUAGAAAUUAAGCAAACUCAAUACCUGUUGCAAUUUGGUUUAGAGUAAUGACCUCCUAAAAAGUGAGCCCAUUCUAAGGCUUUUUUUAUCUUUCACCAUUCCCAGAAGACCCUCUGGACUGUGGACUUUCGUGAGCAUCCUGCUCCUGAAUGAAAUUCUUCAAAGCAGAUGCGUAGGUGGGAGUGGGAUGACCCCUGAAGUUAAUGUGAUGUCAAUUUACUGCCAAGCACACACUGCUUGUUCCAUCUCAAUUUUAACUACUUGGUGCUAAAUAAUUGAUAAAUAACAGAGGUCAAAUGGAACAUACACUUCAGAUUUUCUCUUGCAGGUGCAGAACAUUCAGCUUCUCCUGCAACAAAGCAGGUAAACACCAUUUUUCUUCAAAAGUGUCUUCACUUAGAUCAUAAAAACAAGUAUGUGCAUAAAUGGCCUGUUGAACUGAGCCAGACUGGCCAGUGCCUUGCAGUUCUGAGCAAAGUCCUAAUCAAUGCCAGUUGCUGAAGCAGAUUUGCACUAUACAAAGGAAAGCACUGUGUGGCUUGCACACACUGUGUUGGCUCUUUUCACACUGUGCUUGUGUAAGCACAUACAAAACAGGUUUCCCAAAUGCAGACGAAUGUCCUCCAACUGCCUGAACUCUCCUACUGGUUUUGAUUACAGUAGCCUAAAUUAGCUUUUAAAUGACUCUCUUUCACAUGGUGAGUAGAUACUUAUUGAGUUUUGGAAAACCUGCUGAGGAUAGGCUGUAUUGCCCUCUUUGAAAAUGGCAGAAAACUCACGAACUUUAGUGCAGUUGUUAUUUUGACAAAUUUCUGUCUGUUCAAGAAAACAAAUGUAUGAGUUUUAUGCAAGUGCAGUGCUGGGAGUCUACCUCCAUUUUCUUCAGCUACUAUUUAGGCCCAAAACAAAUAGAAAGUUUGGGAAAUGUGAAGUAGAAAUUGCAGUAAAUCAGGAUUUCUUUUCCAGCACUGCUAAUUAACGUGACAGUUUUGACCUGGUGCUGGGUUUGGCACGAGGGGCUGUGAAGAGACAUGAAAGCCACAGCUGGAGAAAGAAUUGUGCACAAGCCGACAGCUACAGCUAGUGGAUGCAGUGGGGAUCCACCUCGCAGGAAAAACUUGGACAACUCUGUGCUCAGUGAUACUUAGGGCAAAUGGUGUCUGUUGGUCUCAAUAUGGAAGGCCUGCCACAGUCAAUGUCUAAAAGUCUUUAACCAUCUGCUUCAUGGGACUUGUUUUAUGUAUUUUUUCGGGAAAAAAUGUGUGUGCAUGGAUGUGUGCACGUGCAACUUACUCCUUUGUCAGCAUAGCCUUUCGGUAUUGGUGCAAAUAUUGGUCCAGCUAUGCAGAUUUUGGAGUAACUAAUGACAAUAUCUAAUUUCAGCUGUUUCUGCAGCCUGUCUAUGGUGGCUUUUCUGGAAAUUGAAUCUCUGUUUGGGUGGCGUAAAUCUCACAAGCUACAAGAAUGAGCUGGGAUCACAUUUCCUUUCCUAAGAAAGGAAAGGUUUCAGGUGGGGACAGUGAAUCGUUUCUGCAUCUAAUCCUGAUGAUUUACUCAAUGCUAGAUUUCUCCUAAAGCAGGAAUAAAUAAUGUGAUUCAACCUCUUUUUUUUUUCCCAUUGGAUAAUUUUCUUUCUAGAGAAAACCUUCAUGUUGAGAGAAAAGGUUGUUUUGGGACAGCCAGGGAGGGAGGGGAGGAAAGGAGGUGGCAUUUGAUUUAAAACUGUGUAGCAUUUCAGAAUUUAAAUUUUUUUCUAACUAGGAAAAAAUACGGGCAUGCUGCAUCUAUUGUGUGAGCCUGUAAGCUUAAAUGUCUAUUACAGAUCUAAAAACUUGUAUUUUUUAACUUUUAAAGUAGCAAGACAGUCCAUGUAAGCGCACUGCUAUGUGAGGAGCUCUGUGUGCUGUGGUUGAAGUUUGGGUUUUGGCCUCCUAUUUUUUUGUUUUGCUUUUUUGGUGGUACAGAAGUGACCAACUGCAAAGAGAGCCUGGGCUUACUUCAUUUGUGACGGACAUGUCUUUCUGUUUACAGGAAGCCAAAGUGGUUUUCUUGUGGCAGUAAAGCCAAAGUGGUAUUUCCUGUUUUGUGUGGGGCAUUUCGAAGCAGCAGACAUUUUAAGAUGUCAGUCAACGUUUCCUUGACAUCCUGAAGAUUUAUCCCAUUUUGGCCUGCUCCGAACUGCCACAUUCUUGCAUUUUUAAGAACUAGCUUCAUAGUAACUAGAAUAAAAUGUUGAGGUGAAAAAAGAAAUGGCAAAACAGAACAGUAAAGCUCUGAGCUAAGAUCAGGCUGAAAGUCUUUUCUCUGUGCAAAGGGUAAUGGGAGCUAAGCUUGCCAAAAGCUAGGCAUUUCAACACUGAAAAAAAGAUUGUCAGGUGUUGAGGAGAGUACUACAUUCCUCGAGUUUGCUGUGGGAGAAGUUCCAAGACCUGUUUGCUCUGGAAAAAUGAAUAUUUUUCUAAUUUAUUUCUUCCUGGUAAAAAUCCAAAGGGAGUGGCUUAUAAACUGGCAGAAAGUUAAAAAUGAAAUAUGCAUAUAAUACAAGACAGUUCAUCAGCCUUGAUGUAUUGCUUUGAACUGGUUGACUCUAGAUGACUCAGCCUUUAACACAGAAAAUCCAUUUCUUUGGGAAACCUUUGUAGCUACCAGAGUUUCUGAGGCUUACGUACCCCAUCUGGCCCACGUGGGGGCCAUUUGGAGGACAUAGGUGUAUGGCAAUUCUAUAGGGCAAAGAGGUUACAUCAUCACACCACAGCUUAGGAAACACCUGAACUCUAACUCUUCCUGUGUCCUAGAUGUCUUAGGACCUGCCCAAAUUAUUCUGACUCCUGAAGUUACUUAUGACAGUUUUACCUUCUCACACCUGAAAAUAAAGAGGAUAUGAAAAUCCCACUCUCAUGUGAAGAGAAACUAGGGCUAAUCUAGCAUAUCUAGCAAAAAUAACUCACCUGAUGAAAUGCCACAUGAGCACAAUAAUAGCAGUGUUCUUGUGCAAAGCUUUCAAUACUGAGGACUGGCCAAAAGGAGGAAUGGGGGUGUCUAUUCCAUUCCCCUCUGGAACGCCAUGCACAGAGGAAUAUUUGCCUGCAGCACCGUGAAGGUAUAGGGAAUGUCAAUUUGGUAUUUUAUCUGCUAUGCCUAUUUUUAUUUUUUUUUUUCCCACUGGUUUCAAACUCAAAGCACAAUGUUUGCACUCAGCGCUGCCUUUUUGCUGCUUGUUGCCCACACAUGUGACUUGAUUUUAAUGGAAUGAUACACACAUCUUGCAGAAUGAGAGCCUUAUGUUUGCACUUGUCAAUUAAACACUGAA